UUUUGACAUCUCAUAUACAUGGAAUGGUUUUAUCUGUUCGAAAUUUUAUUCGGCGAGUGUGGUGGGAAAACAACCGAACAAAUAGGUCCAAGUAAUUUAUAUUAAUAUAAAAUAUGAUUUUAUUCGAUCGUACAAUACAGUAUGUUAAAGUAGUUGCAGCAGUGAGUACACUCGUUACACGUCUUCAUGAUCCGUAAUCGGAAAAAUACUUCAGUGACUAAAAAUCACAACCGGGCUAUUUCACAGAUUUUCUAGAGCUGUGGAAAAAUCCUACGGUACAAUGGAAACGAACGAACAAGUAAAAAGUUUCACUCCGGAAGACGAAGACGGUAACAGUUGGCGAGGAAUGGGGUUCGGUUCCAAAGUGAAAUAUGUCUGCCGAAACAUCACCGUGGAACCGCUGCUGGCGUUUUUUCAGGUGUCAUCCGUGUUAUCGAGUUUGACCACACAGAACCUCAACCUGCAAAAGGCGUGUAGGGUAAACCUACGGAUGGACGAUGACGUCUGUCACGGAUUAGAAAACAAAAACAUGUCGUUCUACGCCCAUCAAGAAGUCCAAGUGCAGCAGCUGGUCGCGGACAUGCUCAUAUGGCAAACGAUGAUCCAAAGCAGCAUACCGUGUAUACUGGUCAUAUUCAUCGGGUCGUGGAGCGAUCGAAACAGGAAACGCAAACCGUGUAUGCUCGUCCCAGUUAUAGGUGAGAUCGUCAGGAACUUCGGCUUGUUACUUUGCGUGUUCUAUUUCGACGAGCUGAGGAUGGAGGUGGCAGGUCUAGUGGAAUCGAUACCCACGUCCAUGGCUGGUGGACUUACCGUUCUGUAUCUGGCCGCAUUUUCUUACAUGGGAGACAUAAGCUCCAUGAAAAACCGAACUCUCAGGGUAGGUUUGAUGAAUUUAUUCUUCGGUGUGGCUUGGCCAGUCGGUGCGGCACUUUCCGGUGUUUUGUAUCAAAAACUAGGAUUCUUUGGAGUGUACUAUAUUUCUACAGCGUUGUACGUGAUAGCAUUUAUCUAUGGCUCAGUCAACAUCAAAGAACAUCCUGGAUCGUUGGAACUAAAAAAUCCCACGCAGAGGUCCAAAUCUUUCAUGUAUCUCGUGGUCGAUUUUUUCAAUCUGAAACAUAUCAAAGAAGCAUUUCACGCAACGUUCAAAAAAGGCCCACGAAGAAGAUGGACAAAAAUCAUUAUGCUGAUGUUCACAAUAGUUGUAAUCCAAGGGCCUUCACAUGGAGAAUCUGGAAUUGCUUACUUUUACACUCGAGUCCGUUUCAAUUGGAAUGAAUUGGACUACAGUUUAUUCUCGACGUUCUUAUUUAUGACAAACAUUGUAGGUGUUGGAUUCUCAAUAGGAGUUUUAAGCCACUUAUUAAAACUAGACGACGCACUCAUUGGAGUAAUCGCUUGCAUCAGCAAAGUAUUGGCUGGGUUGGUAUUUGCAUUUGCACCUUCAGAAUUAUAUUUUUAUAUUGGUGCCGUGGUUGACGUAAUGAGCGGUACUACAUAUAUCGUAAUGAGAUCGAUUCUGUCAAAGAUCGUACCUCAUGCUGAACUUGGUCAAGUGUCAGCGAUAAUGGCAGUCAUUGAAACAAUAGUGCCUGUUGUAUAUAAACCUCUAUACAGUGCAAUAUACAGAGCGACUCUGACCACGUUUCCAGGAACAUUUUACGUCAUUAGUUCAAUAAUGCUCACACCAGCCAUAUUUGUAUAUUGGUGGAUGUAUCAUAUAAAUAACCAGGAAGACAAGAAAACAUGUACUGUUGAAGAAAUCAAAUCAAAUGACAACCCUGCUUUCGAAAAUAAUUGAAGACUAUUUAUAAUGUUCUAAAAGUUUGAAUAAAAUUAUUUAAAAAUUUUGUUUUAUUUUUGAUUAUCCAUAGUAAAAUUGUAUAUUGUUUAUAUUAUUAUAAUAAUUUGUUUUAGUUAAAAAGUGUACCAAACUUGGUAUUUUCUAUUUGAUAUAAUUUCCACAUUAGUUUGUAUUAAUUGCAUCUGUUAUCGUAUAUGUACUUACCUUUUAUUAAUAUCUGGAACGAGAAAAUAUUUUAUAUAUUUUUUUUUUAUUUUAUUUUUUUUUUAUUGUUAAA